AUAUGACUCCUUUCGGUACCACUGUUCUUCUUGUUUAUGAAAGGAUCUGUUUCUUUCAAAUGGAUGUUAUAGUUCAGUGAAUCAGAAAAAGAAAUAUUUUCCUUCAAAUGACUACAUUUUAACGUGUUGCUCUUCCAUGUGAUAUAAUGACUAAGAAAAGUAGUGCAUCAGUUAUUCGUGAGCUGAAGGAAUUAACUGAACUGAUACAUACCACUAUUCCUGAUGUCCCAGGAAAACAUCGUCUAGUGCGAAUGUGUCAAAAAGAGAUUACACAUUUUGAAUCUUUGCCUUCUGAAUCAGUUGACGAUGCAGUUGUCUGUUCAAAUCUACCAUAUUUUAAAGCUAUAACAACACUAGCCAAUGCUUAUGGUAAUCGUCUUGUUGACUUAUUGUGUCGUUAUCGAUUACCAUUGGAUUCGAUUGACAGUGAUACGAAAGAGUCUGGUAAUUCAGUGUACUCAUCCAAUGGAAAUGAUUAUUCACGAUGUGAAAAACAAGAUUCACUCUUUGUCGAAUUGGUCUGUACACAAUCGGAUGAAGAUGUUGAUGAAAUGUCAAGAUUUAGAACAUGCAAUGGGAAUGCAUCAGAAGCAUGUUUAUGGGCUCCUGCUUUAUGGAUUAAAGUUGUAACACGUGAUUCAUCACGUUUAAAUAAUGCUUGGCGAGGUGAAGCCUCUUCAAAGCAUGCAGCGUGUUUAGGACGUCAAGCUGAAGAGUUAGUCCUUGCCUCACAUUGGUAUCAACGUGGUCAACCCCAGCAUUGGAUUCGAGUUAUUGUUCAUUGGUUGCCUCAAUCACCAUCUCGUACUAAUGGGAAAAUCACUGAUUUAGAUGAAGAUUUACGUGAAUACCUCGAAGAUAUUGGAGUUACACUGAUCACCGGUUGCGAUCCAUGGAUUGGCGAUAGCAGUAUAACCUCGUCGAUAUCUUCUUCAAUGAAACCGUCUGCUUAUGCCGUAUCGCUUAAAGACAUCAUGUUCCCGUUACAUAAAGUUCGACAAUUUUUAAAUCAAUUUAUGCAACACAAUGAGUCUAGUGAUUUCAAACAAUUUAAAUAUGAUUCAAUUCAACAAAUAUUUAGCCUAUUUGAUAAAAUGUCCAAUGCUAAUAUUGAUAAUAAUAAUAAUGAUAAUAAUAAAUCUGUGAUGAUUGACGAAAUGAUACCCGGGGAAGAAAAUGACUCGUUGAACAGCAGAAUUGAAAUGCAUACUCCAAUGGACGCCGUUCUACAAAGAUCUGCAUUAUGGUCAUUUUCGUGUGAUUCAUAUAAUCAUAUAGAUGAAUUAAAACGAAUCAAUUUAGACGUUUCAGCUUUGAUCGCCUUUGUAUCGGAGUUAUCUCAGUUCAAUCCAACAUAUUCUCCUUCUUCUGAUCAACAACAAACUGACAGUGAAGAAUCGAUUUCUUGCAAGAUUUUAGAAUGUUUACAAUCUACUGAAAGACGAAGUCAACUACUGCGUCAUCCUCCAUUGAAGCCAAGUAAAUUUGAAUGGCUUAUCGCAUCGGAGGCUGAAGUUCCUGUCCUGCUUUCACUGGACAAAUAUCUUCGAGGUAAAGUUCCAAUUGUUUGUCUCAGUGCUGUACAUUCCUUUUUAAAUAUUGUUGCAUUAAUCUCGGGACCAGGUGAAUGGAAACGUGCAAUCCAGUUGAUUAGUCGACUAGUUGUAAUACCAGAUUUAGAUGCUUGUGGUAAAGUUAUACCUCCAUUUGGAAAACCAAAAGAAUCUAGAAAUACUAAUAAUUAUUUAUUAACACAGCGUAUAAUGGAAGUUGGUAAUACACUGGAGGCGCUUACAAUUACAUCAAAUGCUGGUUUCCUACGAUCUGUGCGUAAAUCAAAUUUGAGAUAUUCAGCCCUUCUCCUACCUGCCCGUGCCCUGACGGAGAAGACUCCACGUGUGUCGUCAGAAGCAUGAUUUCUGUAAAAAAGAUCCUUCUCCUAUUUACUUAGCUCUAUUGUGUAUUUAAUCCCUUGAUUUUAUUUUGACUUCAUAUUAUCGCUUGUGUCCUGGGCGAACUACGCGUCGACCACCUUUUGUAUAUUUCUUUAUAAAAUUGAGUAUAACUUCAAUUGGUCAUUUCGAAGUGUAUUUCAAAAAUACUCUAAAAUACCUAACACUUAAAUAAAAGGGUUUUGAAUUUCACUGAGAAUUUGUUUUCAUUUGUAC